AUGAUUAGAAUACAGAAAAAUCUCAGGAUCAAAGGGUUCUCUGGUCGUUGUGAAAUCCAUACUAGUAAUUACUUGAGACAAAAAGAAUUAAAUGAUGAUGAAUUACAACAAGAAUUAAAUAAAUUGUAUGAGUCACCUGUAUUCAAACAAUCACAUAAAUGGGAUGGUUCCACCAAGAAAUUAUCUCAAUCAAGUAUACCCAAUCGUUUAAACUUACAGGAUAAUCCAUUUGCAAGGUUAUUAGCUUCACCAGCUCGUCAAGAUCGUAUUUCCAAAAUUACUUAUCCAAGAGACAUAAUGUUGAGGUUUUCCACUGCAAAAGAUUUGGAAGAUGAUUCAUUAUGGCUAGUACCAAACCUAAAUAAUACAUAUAUGAAUUCUGAAAGUUCAUAUUUCCCAUUGGAUAGGAAAUUUAUACAUAAACAAUUCAAAAAAAGUCCAUUUUUCUUUGCACCAAUUGAAGUGUUGACAAAUGCAACUAAAGUUAAUGAUUUGAAAUCUUUGAAAUUUAAUAAGACUACUGAUUUAGUUGUCAAUCGAGAGUUCAUAACUGCGUUACAAGAAGAAUUACAAGAUAUUGAAAUUUCCCCAGAGGCUAACCCUAAUGAUUUAGUUAUACAUUUGGAAAAUAAAGUGGAAAAUGGAAUGAAUGUUGAUGAUCAAGGUAUAAUACAUAUUUCACUGAACUCUCUUGAUAUUCCCUCACCAAAUUAUAAUGAAUUUUUGGAAACUUUAACAAAAAUUUCAAAGAAUAAUCAAGUUAUAAUAAAACAUACAAAUAAAGAUUUCAUAGAUAUACUAAUAAGAUUAGUUUUAUAUAAUAAAUAA